AUGCACAUGAACCCCCAUCAAAACCAUCGAACCUCAAUCUCCCACCUUUCUCACCAAAAUCACACCCGAAACACAGCGUCCCUCCUCCCAACCAAUCACAACCCCCAUCCGCACUUCGAACCUCACGUCCUGAAAACAGCCGCCGAGUCGACGCAACAGAACGACCUCUCGACGCGCUGGGCAUUCCCAGACCUCGCACAGUCCCGCAGAUGCCACUUCCACAGUUCAACGACCAGACUUAGACCACGCGAACGACCAAGACAGAGAAAAGAUCGCGGAGCCAUGCUAUCAACUCUAGAGAUCCUACUUCUCCUCUGCGCCGGCACCGAAGCCAGUCCGCUCGCUCCACGAUAUCCCAAUGCGACAUUCAGCACCUCGAGUUCGGGUUCGUCUUUGACUUCUCUCCAAGAAAGUUCGUCGUUGGCGGAUGGGCAUGGAACAGGGAGCACUUUCGGGAGGACGUCCCUUAGCGAAACGACCGCCAGCUCUUCGCCAAAUGCAUAUGGAACCAGCUCGACGUCCGACUCAACAUCUCUCAGCAAAGCAGCAGCAGUCCCGUACGGCACAGGAAAUUCGCCAUCGUCAUCACCACCAUCAAGCACUUCUCCAACCUCAGCUACAGCCAUAACAUCCUACCCCCCUCAACCCCACCCCAGCACAACCAUAUCCGACUCAUCAACAACCUACGCCGCCGCCCUCUCGCCCUCAGCCUUCGGCCUAGGAAUCCUCGCCUCCCCCGCAGACACCGAAUCCCUCCCGUCGACCUCAUCGAAAACAUCCACGCGAACAUCGAUAGAUUUCAUGUACGAACCUUCAACAUCAAGCGAAGCGCAAAGUAGCUCGGCCACCGAAUCUGCAGCGAGUUCACAGACGACUACCUCCUCAACCUCACUCGUCUUCUCGUUCGCGCCGACGUCUUCGGGCGCCGGGGUGUCUUACCAGAACGUGUCGUCCUCGCCGUCGACUAGUGCGUCGAGCACGACUAUCAUGACGCUGUUCACGACCGUACAGCCGAAGAAGCAUGGGACGAGUGAAGGAGGCUCGACGUCAGCGGACAGCCAGAGUGUCGCGGCGUAUUCGAAGAGUGCGAGUAGUACGACGAUUUUGACGUUGUUCACGACGGUUGGCAAUCCUUCUGGCCAGAGUCCGGGUGCUUCAAGCCAAGUCGCGGUAUCACAGUCGACUCUUUCUUCUUCUUCACCUGCGAUGUACGGGACGAUACCGUUGACGUACUCGACGGAUGCAAGCUCCGCUAGUAGCUCAGCUGUCGAGACGUCUUCCAGUCAGCCCGUUGCCACUACGGAUACCAGUGCUGCAGAAUCGACCUCAUACCCUGCGGUCUACGGCACCAUCCCCCUGACCUACUCUGUUGAAGCCAGUACGUCGAGCAGCUCAGCCCCCACAGCAUCCUCAGCCGAGUUUUCACCAGACUCAAGUCAUUCCGAAUCGGCCAGCCACCAGAGCAGUGCAUCGGAAACCAGCUCCCCGAGUUCUGAGUCUGCUGUACCUCCCUCAUACAGCACCGCACCAAGCGAUUCCUCGCCAACCACAACAACAGCGUCUUCCACAACGUCCCAAUCCGCAUCGCAAAGCCCCUUCGCCUAUCCACUACCAAGUACCGAGGCCACAGCAACCGCCGAUCCAAUCGAGCCAUCAACAUCCUCACAAACCCCAUCGACAACCCAAUCCCUACCAGCAAUCGUAGAGCCCUCCUCACAGCCACAGAGCUCCAGCUCCUCAGCCACUUCAACCUCCAGCAGCGCCGGAGGAGGCAUCACGAUCGUCCCUGUGAAUCCAAACCUCAUGACUGUAACAGUCACGGUCACCGACGCCGGGAAGACGACCACGAUAGCCCAGCAGACCGUCACCGUUUCAGGCUGA